AUGGAGUUGCCCGAACAUCCACGCCGGAGAUAUCGGUCUUCGUACUAUGAAUUCGCACAGAGUGCAUUCCCGCCUUCUAAUACAUCGGCAACGACUAUCCCGGAACAUUUCGAUGGCUCCAUACAUGGUCCUCAUGCGGACGUUGCGUCGGGGUUUGUCGACAUCUACCAGACAUUAACACCUCGACAAGUUGGAGUCAUUGCGGUUGGUUCAGCUAUCGGCACGGGGUUGAUGAUUGGGACUGCAAGGGCUCUUACACUGAGCGGCUUGUGGCUUGGAUGUGAGUCUUACACCACCCACCUUUGGCAUCAUCUCACCGGAAAUAGAUACUGGCUGAAAUAUGCCAUCGUCACCCCGAAUCAAUUGACGGCCGCCGCUCUGAUCAUUUCGUAUUGGGUUGACGCAGACUGGAUCAACCCUGGGGUGUGGAUAUCCAUCUUGCUCUUUGUGAUAGUUCUGGUCAACUUCGUUCACCAUGGAUUACCCAGUCGAGUGGAGUUUUACGUCUCGUCCUUGAAAUUAAUCAUCAUGAGCGCUCUGAUAGUCUUGUCGAUGGUGAUUGCUUUGGGAGGAGGACCAGACCAUGAUGCUCGAGGCUUUCGAUAUUGGAAUACUUCUGGCGUGUUUGGUAUCUUCGGGGCGCGGGUGAAUCGUGGGCUACUGGAGAAGUUCUUGGACAUCUGCGCGACCAUGUCUUCGGCGACAUUUGCCUUUAUUGGGAGUGAACGGUCAGGCAUUAUGGUGAGGCAGCCUAAUAUCCGUAAGGCUAUUUCUCGUGCCAUCAAGCAUACUUUCUACAGAGUAUUGGUGUUUCAUCUUUUGGGAAUCACGCUUUUAGGCAUGCUCGUUCCUCGAGAUUCGACCAGGCUGUCUUUCGCCCGUGGGUCUGCCAAGGGGGCUGCUGCUUCUCCAUUUGUUGCGGCCAUUUAUCUGUCUGGCAUCGCAGUAGUGCCGGACAUUUUAAACGGGUGUAUUCUAUUAUUCGUGCUGUCAAUCGCCAACUACGAUCUUUACCUGACCACCAAGGCGAUGUGUGAUCUCUCCCUCAAGGGACGGGCGCCUUCUUUUCUUCAUCGCACAAACCGUCGAGGAGUUCCAAUCUACGCUCUGGGUGUAUCUGCAUCCGUUGCAACACUAGCUUAUGCCAACGUUGCCAGUGACUCCCAGCUCGUAUUCGGAUAUUUUGUGAACACGGUGACCAUGCUUGGUCUCCUGGUCUGGAUAUCGAUCCUCAUCACUCACAUCGCAUUCGUGCGGGCGCGCAAAGCUCAGGGUAUACCUGAUGACGCCCUGACCUUUCGUGCUCGCUUCGGUCUUGUCGGUACCUGGCUAGGCCUAAUCCUCUGUCUGUUCAUCUCCAUGACCAUGAUCCUUGGCACGUUUACAUUUGACAACAACGGCAAGUUGAAGUUCCACUAUCAGUCUGCGGCAGCAUCGUUCGUGGGUCUACCAAUAUUUCUUAUCCUGAUAGUGGGGUACAAAAUAGUGGUGCGGAGCAAACGUGUCAAUUCCAGGAAUGCCGACAUGUGGACGGGAAAGCUAGACAGUUGA